CUGACAUCCGUGUGUCCCUGUAAAAGUCCUCGGAAUGACCAAAACGGGAGCAGCCGUCGAUUUUGGGUGGAGUAGCCACUUCAAUGUACCAGCAAUAACGACAAUUGAUAGCAUGUCAAUGACAUAAAUAUGAACUCGAACGUACCGUAUUUCUGUUAGUUAAGUGGGCACACCUUAACAAUACGGUAGCAUUUGCCAUUGUGUUGUUGACUUCGUUUUAUGGCGGGUCUGUCGUAUUUAGUUUUAAGAUUUUCGGGAUCCGCCGGUCGGUCCUAUGGAGUGUUUUCCAAAGGGUUGACGAGGACUUUGUUGAUAUUUUUUGAUCUUGCAUGGCGUCUGAGAAUCAGGUUCCCCUAUAUCUACCUCAUCGCGUCGAUGAUGUUCAAUGUGAGAUUACAGGUCCACAUCGAAAUCCACUGAUCCACCCUCAUUCAGAGUUGAGGACCUCUGCUUGGCGUGGCUGGUACCUUGAGGACGAUCAUGUGGACAAGGAUGACACUACUAUCAAAAAUGAGUGUCAGUGCACAAAAUGUCAGGAAUGGUGUCCAAUUCAUCACUGAGGCACGGUGCCUUAGUUUGGAAAGGACACAUCCCAAAAGUGACCUGGGGCGGGUGUUGAUCUGUGAGUGUUGUGAGACACACCCGUCAUAGUCCUACCUUUGCUGUAGACGUUGGGCUACCUGUUUGGUCAAUGGAAAAAGCAGCAGAUGGAGAGUGGGAUGUGACACACUGCCCUAUGUUUUUAUUCAAAUGGCGAGGACCUACUGACAUUUGUGAUGAAGUUUCCUAACGAGAAAGAAAGCUGAUGUUUCUCUGGGACUUUCUAUCCACUCUUUAUUGUCAAAGGUUGACAUCUUUGUUAAUUUGGAUUACCAUGUUAACCUGUGAAAUGAUGACAAAAAAAAAAACUGGAACAAUUGUUACGGAUGUGUAGAAUUAUAUAAUUAUUGACACUGCAUGACACCUUCUGGC